GUCUUGGUGGCCCCCAAAAUCCUCUAUCCUAAAGAUACAUUGAGGAGUAACCGGACUUUGCAGAGUGGUUAUAGGACCACCAUCUUUACUUCAACUAAGAGCUACACAAAGUUGGGACUGUUGGUUACUGUAACCACAGUCUGAGAGCGGACUCUGCUUUCUUUUUAGUCUGUGAUCUUCCAUGGGAGAUUCAAAGCCAGGAGGCCUGCAGGUGCUGCUUCCUGAGCACCUGCGUGAGCGCUUUGUAGCUGCAGCACUCAGCUACAUCACAUGCAGCUCUGAGGGUGAGCUCAUCUGCAAGGAGAAUGACUGCUGGUGCAAGUGCAGCCCCACCUUCCCAGAAUGCAACUGCCCCGAUGCCGACAUCCAGGCCAUGGAGGACAGCCUGCUGCAGAUCCAGGACUCCUGGGCCACACACAACCGGCAGUUUGAGGAGUCAGAAGAGUUCCAGGCCCUGCUAAAAAGGCUGCCUGACGACCGGUUCCUGAACUCCACAGCGAUCUCCCAGUUCUGGGCCAUGGACACCAGCCUUCAACACCGCUACCAGCAGCUGGGAACUAGCUUGAAAGUGUUGUUCAAGAAGACCCAUCGAAUCGUCCGCCGGCUCUUCAACCUCUGCAAGCGCUGCCACCGGCAGCCUCGCUUCCGCCUACCCAAGGAGAGGUCCUUGUCCUACUGGUGGAACCGAAUCCAGUCCCUCCUCUACUGUGGGGAAAGCACCUUCCCUGGCACCUUCCUGGAACAGAGUCACAGCUGCACCUGCCCCUAUGACCAGUCCUCCUGCCAGGGCCCCAUCCCAUGUGCCUUGGGCGAAGGGCCUGCAUGUGCCCACUGUGCUCCAGACAACAGCACACGCUGUGGGAGCUGCAACCCAGGCUACGUGCUGGCCCAGGGGCUGUGCCGGCCAGAGGUGGCUGAGUCCCUGGAGAACUUUCUCGGAUUGGAGACAGACCUGCAGGACCUGGAGCUAAAGUACCUGCUACAGAAGCGGGAUAGCCGCAUCGAGGUCCACUCCAUCUUCAUCAGCAAUGACAUGCGUCUGGGCAGCUGGUUCGACCCUUCCUGGAGGAAGCGCAUGCUGCUCACCCUGAAGAGCAACAAGUACAAGCCUGGACUGGUGCAUGUGAUGUUGGCCCUGUCUUUGCAGAUCUGCCUCACCAAGAACAGCACCCUGGAGCCUGUCAUGGCCAUCUAUGUCAACCCCUUUGGGGGCAGCCACUCUGAGAGCUGGUUCAUGCCUGUGAAUGAGGGAAGCUUCCCUGACUGGGAAAGGACUAAUGUGGAUGCAGCUGCCCAGUGCCAAAACUGGACUAUCACCUUGGGGAACAGGUGGAAGACCUUCUUUGAGACAGUCCAUGUUUACCUACGGAGCCGAAUCAAGUCCCUGGAUGACAGCUCCAACGAGACAAUCUACUACGAGCCCCUGGAGAUGACGGAUCCCUCUAAGAAUUUGGGCUACAUGAAAAUCAACACCUUGCAGGUCUUUGGCUACAGCCUGCCCUUUGACCCGGAUGCUAUCCGGGACUUAAUCCUCCAGUUGGACUACCCGUAUACCCAAGGUUCCCAGGACUCUGCACUAUUGCAGCUCAUUGAGCUCAGGGACCGGGUGAACCAGCUCUCUCCACCUGGCAAAGUCCGACUGGACCUGUUCUCCUGUUUGCUGCGGCACCGGCUCAAGCUGGCCAACAAUGAGGUGGGCAGGAUCCAGUCCUCCCUGAGGGCUUUCAAUUCAAAGCUGCCAAACCCUGUGGAGUAUGAAACAGGCAAACUCUGUAGCUAAUGUGGAGCCCGCUGUAGCCCCGGGCAGGGAGGAAAUCCAUGAAUCUGGGUUGAGACAAUCCAAGUCUUUACCUUAGUGCCAACAGGGUGCUCCCACGGGACUUUCAGCACCCAGCAGAUGGGACCUCAAAGCUUGGACUGAAGCAGGCAGGAGAGAAAGGAACAGCCACUGUACACACACACACGCACACACAUGCACACACACACACAUUUGCACAGGGAGGCUACCACUCAGCAGCCUUGUAUCUGCAAAGAGGUGCUUUCUAAAGAAUGGAGGUUGAAGGAGAGGAGCCAGGAAAGAGAUUAAGAAGAACCAGCCCAACCAUGAAACAAAGAUCCUUAAAGUGAUUCUUGUCAUUCAAGAAAGCAAGAGGGGACACGCAUGGGAGGGGUGGGAGCUCUUCCUCCCCCCUCUGUGGAGUCACUUUUGUAUUCUUUUUAACCAGAUUUCUUAAAAUGUUGUUGUUUUGUGAGUCCCUACAUUCGUUCUUACUUUUGUAUGCUGCCUCCUCUGUGCCCGCUGCACACUGACUGCACCACAGAGCCACUCACGUGAGAAAUGCAAGUGCAAACUACAGAGGAACCAAUGAAGGGCUGGCGGCCUCCUCGCUUCCCUCACUCACUCCUUCCUCUCACCUGCUCCUUGCUUCCUUGAUCUCCUCAGUUUCAGGACCCUGGCUUGUUCCAAAUUCCCCUCGUGGUCCAUUCAGGGCUCCUCUUCGACAGCAUCAUCUGUCCAAGUAAGCAGCUCUGUCAAGUUAGAGAGAGAGAGACAAUGUGUAGGAAACUGUUCCUUUUUUUAAAAAAAAAGAACAAAAUUAUUUAUUUUGUGAUUGUUUUCCUUGUCAAUCUGCUCCAAUCACCUGAACAUCUGAGUAAAAAUUUACCUGGUUUAAUAUA